AUGGAUGUAUUGAUUUCUACGUCUUUCUCUUUCAGCAGUGACUCAUUGGAUCUGCUGGAUACCAUUUCCGAGACCCAAAUCACACUGAAUUUGUUUCUCAACAACAAAUUCGCCCUUGCCGAGGAAAGGAUGGCACAAUUAGCUGACAAAAGCAUGUACCACGCACUUGGUUACAACAGCAUCGUAUUUAUCAAGGCAAUGAUGACUUGUGAUAAGGCAGAUCUUGAAAGGUCGAUGCAGGUCUGCAAGGAUGCCUGUGCUGUUAUAGAACGCUUCCGUCAGAAAUUUUCGUUUAGCGACACAUUUCUCAGCCUAGGAGGGAAAACUUCAAGGACAAUUACCGACGAAGAGCUGCAUGCCGAAUUGUGCUACGCAGAGUCUCUGCUUGUCCGGGCCGCUCUGUCUUUUUUCCAGGAUGAUAAUUUUGCUAGCUUUAUCAGA